AUGGACUUCCUGAAGCAACAGCCCGCCCGUGACUUGAAGCCAGCACGGUUGCGCCUCGCCAACAAGAGGGAGACCAGUUGCAGCGAUACCCAGCGGCCGGCGCGCAAACACGUCCUCACCGACGCAACUGCCACAGAAAUAUCACAGCCGCAAAGCCCGACUCGAGUCCAGACUACGGCCUCCAUUCGCGGUUCAUCACCCCCAGUCCGGACAAUAACACCGAACCUUGCAGCCCUUGUGUCGAAGUUCGAGACUCCUGGUACCGUCGAUGCGCAAUGGAAGAGCCGGCGACAGCCCUGCGAUCCUCGUACGAUCAAAGAUCCCGGCCGGACUCUCUCAAUGGAGCUUGACCGCCCCGAAGCUUCGUCAGACACCAAGGCUGCACCAUCUCCCUCCAGAGGCGUACCUCCAUCGGACAACACCAGCACCACGCAGGAUGUCAGGGCAGGAGCAGCGGUUACGUCCUUGGCAACUGUUGGCGGACACCUCGUUGAAGUCAGCCAGAAUCUCGACAACCACUCCGGUGAGGGUCGGAAUGAGGCAACCAACGUUGCACCAAGUAUUGGCGGUCACAGCCCCAACAACAGCGAGGACUAG